AUCUAAGUUCAGAUGUUCAAGAGUGUUCAUGAGCUGGGCCUAAAUUCCAGCGAACUCGACGUUCUCUUCCUCCGAACCGAAAAUAAACCGAUAGUUAACCCCAAAAAAGUGUCAAUAAACAAUCAGUUAGUAAUAAUUAAUCAAUUAAGUCGUCAGGAUGCCUUAUGCUAAUCAGCCAUCGGUGCAUAUCAGUGAUUUGACUGAGGAAAAUGUCAAAUUCCAGGUGGAGGACACAGAAUUGAGUGUUGCAAACAGCAUGAGACGAGUCUUCAUCGCUGAAACCCCAACCCUAGCCAUUGAUUGGGUCCAGCUGGAGGCGAACUCAACAGUCCUCAGCGACGAGUUCCUCGCCCACAGGAUCGGAAUGAUCCCCUUGAUCAGUGAUGAGGUAGUGGAGAAGAUCCAGUACUCCAGGGACUGCUCGUGCAUGGACUUUUGUCCUGAGUGCAGUGUGGAGUUCACACUCGAUGUGAAGUGCUCUGAGGAGCAGACGAGGCAUGUUACCACUGCUGACCUCAAGUCCAGUGACCCCAGGGUCCUGCCGGUGACGUCCAGACACAGGGAGGAUGAUGCUAGCGAAUAUGGAGAGACUGACGAAAUAUUGAUUGUGAAGCUCAGGAAAGGACAAGAAUUGAAGCUGAGAGCCUAUGCCAAGAAGGGAUUCGGCAAGGAGCAUGCCAAGUGGAAUCCAACAGCCGGUGUCUGCUUCGAGUACGAUCCUGACAACACCAUGCGUCACACCCUCUUCCCGAAGCCCGACGAGUGGCCAAAAUCAGAGUACAGUGAGCUAGAGGAAGAUCAAUACGAAGCCCCAUUCAACUGGGAGGCAAAACCCAACAAGUACUUCUUCAACGUCGAGAGCAGUGGAGCCCUGAAGCCCGAGAACAUCGUCAUGAUGGGAAUUGCUGCACUGAAGAACAAAUUAUCGAAUCUGCAGACGCAAUUGAGCCACGAAGCGCAGAGUGAUGCUCUCAGUAUUCAUCAUUAGUCUUAAUCUAAUAUUUUUCAUUAUUUAAGGAACUGUCUUAAUAAAUUGAAACGAUGGAAAAUAAACUAUUCAGCGAUCUUUUCUACA